AUGGCGUCUUUAAUCGAUAAAGGGCCCUCUCUGCGCGAGCAUGAUGAUGGACUUCCCCCGUAUCUAAAUAGCAACUUCACCUUCAAUCUGACCCAAUAUGAGGGACUCAAUUACUUCAAAGCUUACAGCUUUCUGGAAACAGAGGACAACGAACUUCAGGGUAUCAACUUUCCCCUUGAAAUAGGAUUGCACGAGGAUCUCAAUCUUUCCUUUUUUGUUAAAGCUAAUCAAUCGGCGGCAGCUCGGCAUACGAAAAUGCCGGCUGUAGAUGACAAGGAGACCAUCAAGUCCCUUGCGAAAAUGGCCUCAAACUCAUUUCUUUCAAGGGCAAAUGCCGAUAUUCCCCUUGACCCAUUUGAUGAGUCCGAAGAAGAGUGGGACGAGCAAGCCAUUCGUGGGUAUGUGUAUACAAAUCCCUCCCGGAAGCUUGUGGUCUUCUCCAUCGAUGCGAAUGUUCCGUAUCAUACAUCUUCGGAUGUUUCAAUUGAAGCCGAUAAGUUCAAUAACAAUCUCAUGUUCUCUUGCUGCUGUGCUCGGGUUGAUUUUACUUGGACCCCCGUUUGUCCGUGUUUUGUUUCAGGCUCGUCUUGCAACAAGAGAUGUCUCUCUGAUUACGCACAAGAACUAAGAUCGAAUCCAUUUUCCAAAAGAAACCAGGACCUAUAUGCUUCCCAGGCUCGCGAUCUACAACAAGAUUCUUCAGCCCACAAACAUAUCCCGCCUGUUUACUAUCAUCAAGCAGUUCGGAUUUACAAGCAGCUGUUGAAGGAAUUCCCUGAGGCUGUUAUUUGGGUAACUGGAUAUUCUACUGGUGGCGCUCUGGCCGCUCUUCUCGGGGCUGCCUUCCCAGGAACACCGGCCAUUGCAUUUGCGUCUCCUGGUGAGCGUCUUUUUGCUUCGCGUCUUGGGCUUCUCAAUGAAGAGGGUCUUUCAAAAAUGGAGGACCUUCCAGUGUUUCAUUUUUAUAAUUCUGCAGAUCCUAUUCCAAAUGGAGACUGCAUGGGCAUUUUUUCUCCAUGUUACCUUGCCGGCUAUGCUUUGGAGACCAAAUGUCAUUUGGGGAAGGUUUUCAAACUUGCAUCCGUUAGCGGUGACUCUUUUUCCGACAUUCAAGCUCAUAAGCUUUCUUCUAUCAUUGCAAGCAUUGACAUGCUUCCCUUGCCUGAAUUUGUGACCCAGGAAGACUGCAUUGAUUGCGGCUCCUGGGCAUUCUUGUAG